UAAACCCCGUUUGUCUGAACACCCCCAACAAAAUUUGUGCUUUCGCAGAUGUUUCGAGUUUGAAGCCACUUUCCCCAUGGAAUCGCUGUUGACGGUUCAGGUAUUCGACUGGGAUCUCAUCGGAGUGGACGAUCUUAUCGGAGAGACCAAGGUAGACCUGGAGAAUCGAUACUACAGCAGGCACCGAGCGACAUGCGGACUCGCCCAGAAAUAUGAGCUGGGGAAAGGAAAAGGAAAAGACAAGCCUGUCAAACCUAAGAAAAAACGUGGAAAAUCUGGAGAGGACAACGAAGCUUUUGAGGAAGAAGAGGAGGAGGUCAAACCGAAACCACCUCCUCCACCACCACCACAGGGUACAAUAUUAUUUGAGAAAAAAAAAUUAACUAGAAAAAAAACAGCAUUCGGUUGGGGGUUUUGCUUUAUAUUUCAUCUUUCCAUUAACACACUCUAAUAUUAAUUUUAGAAUUUGCUGCACUGUUUUGUUCCUGAUCUUGGAAUUAGCACUUGAAAUUGAUGCACUGAAUUCUAAUCCAGUUUAACUAGGCACCACCUUUUGGGUGAAUCAUAAAUUAUUAUUCAACUCUUUGCACCGCAAGUAGACCUUUACAACUUAGAUCUAUAUUUUUUUUCUCAACUUUUAUUUUUUCAGUGCAAUUUUGCAAAAUCGGUUUGGUCAGAGGGUCUGCUUUAUAUUGGUUAUUGCACUCGCUGACCAAUGUCAAUCCAUAUCCAUCUAUCUAUCUAUAUAUCAGUCU